AUGGAUGUCGCAACGCUGCGGGCAUGUAUCGUGUCGACCAUCGAUGCUAACACAGACACAAGAAGACAGGCUGAACUGACUCUGAAAUCUGCUGAAGAACAACCCGGCUUUAUCAACGCUCUCCUCGAUAUUUUGCAAACCGAACAGAAUAAUGGCACUCGUCUCUCAACGGUGGUCUACCUCAAGAACAGAAUUACACGUGGAUGGCCUCCGCAGGAAGAAAAUGUCCUUCACAAAUCAAUACCAGAGAACGAACGCGCCUCGUUUCGUGACCGCCUGCUCCCCUUGAUUGCCGCCUCCUCGCCUAUGAUCCGCGGUCAGCUUAUACCGAUCCUCCAAACCAUCCUCAACCAUGACUUUCCUGCAAAAUGGCCUACUUUUAUGGACGUUACCCUGCAACUUCUCAAUACCAACGAUGCCGCUUCUGUGCUGGCGGGCUUACAAUGCCUACUGUCCAUCUGCCGCACAUAUCGCUUCAAAGCUGGUGAAACUCGAGCAGAUCUUGACAAGAUCGUGACGGUGGCAUUUCCACCUUUGCUAAACUUGGGAAAUAAGCUAGUGGGGGAAAACAGUAGUGAAGCUGGCGAAAUGCUUAGACUUGUAGUGAAGUGUUACAAACACGCUAUCUACUAUGAGCUUCCUGUUCCUCUUCGAGGCCAGCAGGAGACAGUGGGCUGGUGUACCCUGUUCCUUCAAGUCAUUAGCAAAACGCUUCCUGCCAGCAUGAUGCCCGAAGACGUGGACGAGCGGGAAAAGAAUCAUUGGUGGAAGUCAAAAAAGUGGUGCUAUGCUAACCUGAAUCGGCUCUUCGUGCGAUAUGGGAACCCAGCCAGCCUAUCCAAAAACCAGGACAAGGAGUAUGGGGAUUACCCCAAGCUGUUUCUCUCUACCUUUGCACCUGAGAUUCUCAACGGCUAUUUGAGAGAGAUCGAGAAAUGGGUUGGUGGUGAUUACUGGCUGAGUAAGCCAGCCCUUUCGUUCACGCUUGUCUUUCUCGAAGAGAGCGUGAAGCCAAGAGCGAUGUGGGACAGUCUUAAACCACAUAUGGACAGUUUGAUUGCCCAUCUCAUCUUCCCUUUGCUUUGUCCGACAGACGAAGACAUUGAGCUCUUUUCUGAUGACCCGCCUGAAUAUCUACAUCGGAAGCUCAAUUUCUAUGAGGAAGUAUCUGCGCCCGACAUGGCUGCUACCAACUUCCUGAUUGCUCUGACGAAGUCACGCAAGAAACAAACAUUCGCCAUCCUUUCAUUCGUCAAUACCAUUGUCACCAAGUACGAAUCGGCCCCGGAUGAUCAAAAAUCUCCUCGUGAGAAAGAAGGGGCACUGCGAAUGAUUAGCUCAUUGGCUUCUGUCAUCCUUGGCAAGAAAUCACCCGUCGCAGACCAGGUCGAAUAUUUCUUCGUCCGGCACGUCUUCCCCGAGUUUCGUUCUCCACACGGUUUCCUUCGAGCCAGGGCAUGCAACACACUUGAGCAAUUUGAAGAGCUCGAAUUCAAGGAUCCGGAGAACCUUAUGGUGAUAUACAGAAACAUACUUGAAAGUAUGGCAGAUCCUGAGCUUCCUGUGCGAGUUAUGGCUUCUCUGGCCCUCCAACCGCUCAUCCGCCAUGAAGUAAUCAAGAAUGCUGUACGGUCAAACAUACCACAGAUCAUGCAUCAGCUACUAAAGUUGGCCAAUGAAGUGGAUGUUGAUGCUUUGGCAAACGUGAUGGAGGACUUCGUCGAGGUUUUCUCGGAGCAAUUGACUCCUUUCGCCGUGGCCUUAAGUGAGCAGUUACGGGAAACGUAUCUCAGAAUUGUUCGUGACUUAUUGGAACGAAACGAGAGCAAGGCGCUUGCUAAUGGUGGCGACGGCGGCGAGUACGGUGAUUAUCUCGAUGAUAAGUCAAUCGCCGCAUUGGGUGUGCUGCAGACGAUUGGCACCUUGAUUCUCACGCUUGAAGCUUCUCCUGACGUCCUUGCUCACCUCGAAACUAUCCUCAUGCCAGUGAUCACGGUAACGCUCGAGAGCAAGCUGUACGAUCUGUACAACGAAGUCUUUGAAAUUGUUGAUUCUUGCACAUUUGCGUCCAAAUCUAUUUCUGAUACUAUGUGGCAUGCUUUCGAGCUUAUGCAUAAGACAUUCAAGGAUGGUGCCGAGCUCUAUCUCGAAGACAUGCUCCCGGCAUUAGAGAAUUUUGUUUCGUACGGACAGGAUCGAUUGAUCGCUCAUCCACCUUAUCUUGCCGCAAUGGCUGGCAUGGUUCGCGACAUAUUCAGCGAUCCCAAGGUUGGAGGUGUGGACAGAAUAUGUGGUUGCCGACUCGCCGAAGCAAUCAUGCUCAACCUCAGAGGUCACGUCGACAAUUAUGUUCCAACGUUCAUUGAAUUUGCAAUGACUGUUCUGGCGGGGCCCUCAAGCAAGACGCUUGUUAAGAGCUACAAAAUUCACCUCAUGGAAAUGGUAAUUAAUGCCAUUUACUACAAUCCACUGCUCGCUAUGCGUGUCCUAGAGACCAAGGGCUGGACGAACAAAUUCUUCAGCAUCUGGUUUGGCAAUAUUGAUAAUUUCAAGCGAGUCCAUGACAAGAAGCUCUGCGUUGCUGCCAUCUCGUCCCUGUUGACCUUGAGAGCGGACCAAGUCCCUACAUCAGUGCAAACGGGUUGGCCAAGGUUACUCACAGGCGUAACCCACCUGUUCAGGACUCUGCCUGCUGCAGUGAAACAACGUGAAGAAGCGAUCAAGACUAACAACGAUUUCGAUGGCGUGAGUGAUUAUGACGAUGAAGAUGACGACGAUGACGCUGCAGAAGAUUGGACCGGUGUCGAGGAUGCGGAUUGGGAUAAUGCUGCUACCGCAACUGCUGGUGAUGAUGGCGGAGAUGUGAAAGACGAAAGUCAGGCAUAUCUGGAUUUCCUGAAAUCUGAGGCUGAGAAGUUCAGUUCUCUUCAAGACAGCGAUGAUGACGAUUCGGUGAUGGAUGAAGACUCGCUACUAGAGACGCCGCUUGAUAAACUGGAGCCCUACGGAAUGUUCCGUGACAGCCUUCUGAGGCUGCAACAGGAACAACCUCCAUUAUACGACUCUUUAACCAAGAUUUUGGAGCCUGCAGACCAGCAGUUGCUUCAAGGUGUGAUUCAAGAAGCAGAGAUACGAUCUAUUGCAGCGCAACAGACCCACGAGCAACAAGCAAAUGCAGCUCAAGCAACCGCUGCCGCACCCCAAGCCUCCCCCACUAAAAUAGGACCUUAA